AUGUCGGAUAGUUACAAAAAUUCAAAGUCUAACUAUGAUCGAUGGAAACCAGGUACAAAGCUGGCCUGUAUGAUGACACUCAAGGCUGUUUGUCAGGACUCAAAGUUUUAUGAUUCUGCAAAUAAUAGAUUUAAUAGUUUAACAUGGCAUACAGUUGCUGAGAAUUUGAAUAAUGAAUAUCCAGAUUAUGCUAAAAGAUUCACAAAUAUCAAUGUUAAAGAUCGUUAUGAUCGAGUUUUAAAACAUCAUAAAGUGUUUCGUAAAAUGGCAAAUAAAAGAAAUGGAUUUGUUUGGAAUCCAAAGAAUUUUUGCUUUGACUUGAAUGAAUUAUUGAUAAAACAAUAUGAGAAUGAUCAAAAUUCUAAUAUUCAAACGGGUUUAGGUGAUAAUAGGCAAUCAUCAAACGCUUCAAAGAACAAAAAAUCUUCAAAAGAUCCAGAUGCUAUAGUACCUAAUGAAUUAAAUGUCGUUAGAUUCCUUUCAAAACCUGGUCAUAUAGAUCUGGAAUAUUAUCAUAGAUAUAUUUAUCAAUUUUUGAACCAACAAGAAUUUAGAGAUGAUGUUGUGGUUUCUACACCAAGUUAUAUUGAAGAUGCUAUAUCAAAGGGGAUUUUAAACAUUGUUAAUAAACCCAAUUUCAGUGUUAAAAGUGAAUAUGAUCAAAAUCAAUUUGGUGAUACCACAUCACCAUUAAUGCUACAACAACAUUCACAUUCAGGUUCUGUAACUUCAAAUGCUACAAAUUCAUCAAGUUCUAUACCAUUAUUAUCAAAUACAUCAGCUAUACCCAGUCAAUCAUCAAUGUCUUCAAAUUCAUCUUCAUUAGUACCACAAGCUUCAGCGUCUAUGAUACCCACUACGGUACCUCAUGGCUCUCAAAAUCACCCUUCACAACAUCAACAUAUCCAUCCUCAUCAACAACAUCCACAUCCACAUCCACAUCCACAUCCAGUAUUACAACACCCUCAACAUCCUCAGAAUGACUUGGAUUUCACAGGAUUAAUGGCUCAACAACAAGGGGUUCCAAAUAUUCAACAUCAGCAUCCACAUCCUACUACAACACAACAAAUGCAUCCAAUAAUACCACCACCUCUUGGUCAACCUUUAAUGAAUCCAAUGGUUACAGAUCCUAAUUUAAUUCAAAGAACUUCAAUGGGUGAACCUUUUUUCAAAAAACCAAAGAUUAGUCCACAAAAUUCUAGUAAUCAAAUAAAUACUGCAAAUUUUAUAGGCGCAGGAUUUAACUAUGAUACUUAUGAAUCAAUGAUGGGUGCUGGUGGACAAGGAACUACAAAUGAUUCCACUACAACUCACACUCCAUUACAAGCUCCAAAUAGUACUUUACAAGAUAAUUUAGAUCAUCAACCACCUUCCAAUUCAGCGGCAACAAAUUCAACUUCAAAUACUAAUGGUUCAAAUACUGACAAAAUUUCACCAACAAGUAGUAUAAAUGGAUUAGGUUCAAGUAGUAUUAUUGGAUUAAGUUCUGGUGAAGCUAUUUUAAAAAUUCAUAAAGAGUUUUCAAUGAUGAAGAAUGUUGUAAAUGAACAAGUUUUAAAUCUUAGAAUUGGUAAAUUAAUAAGUCAUGAAGAGUUUGAAAAAAUUCAAUUAGUUAUAAAUUCAAAUGAUCAAUUCAUAAGAAGUGCUUACAAAAGAUUAAAUGACGAUAAUAAAUUGGUUGAAUUGAUUAAUAUCUAUUUGAAUAAUCUUGAAUGA